CGCGACGCAGUUGGCGCAGCGGGCGUUGGUGAAUCCACGACUUGGUGCAGCCGGGUUUGGUACCGAGCGGAGAGGAGAUGCACACGGCACUCGAGUGUGAGGAGAAGCAGAAAUGAAGGUGCACGUGCACACGAAGUUCUGCCUCAUCUGCCUGUUGACCUUCAUUUCCCAUCACUGCAGCCACUGCCACGGGGAGCACGGCCCCGGCCCCGAGGAGCUGCAUCGACACCACCGCGGGGUGACGGAGCCCGAGCCCAGCAGGUUCUCCUUGCAGGAUGCUGAGAAUGAGCAGAGAUACUAUAUUGAAAGACUCUUCGACCGUUACGGUGAAAAUGGAAGACUGUCCUUUUUUGGUCUGGAGAAACUUUUAACGAACUUGGGCCUGGGAGAGAUCAGAGUGGUGGAGAUCAGCCACGAGGAUCUGGGCCACGAUCACGUCUCCCACUUGGACAUGCUGGCUGUCCAGGAGGGCAGGCACUCCCACUCACACAGCCACCAGCACACCCACGGUCCUGUCAGCCCCGACAACCAAACUGCGACCACCGUGACAGCACGGAGAAACCACAGGUGUGACCCCGAGAAGGAGACCCGCGAAGCGUCCGCCAGGUCUGACGACAAACACGUCCACGACCACAGCCACCGCCCCCGUCACCACCAUCGUCCACACCAUCACCUCGACCACAACAGCACUCGCCACAGCCGGAAUGACUCCGCCGCCCGCGGGCAGCGAGGGGAGCCGAGCCACGCGCCGUCCACAGAGGCCAACAAGACGCAGGAGCAGGCAGAGCUCAAGCCACGGAAAGGACGGAAGGACAAAGGGAGGAAGAAUAGCGAGAACUCGGAGGUCAUUACGCCAGGCCUCCCCCCUGCCCGUGCCCAGGGCGAACCCUAUGAGCAUAAUCGGGUUCACAAGCCCGAUCGAGUGCAUAACCCCAGCCAUCCCCACGCCCACCCAGAGCACAAUGGUCACGACCCCGGGCACGGUCACCAGGACCACGCGCCGGACGAGGACAGUGAGCUUCGGCACGCGCGCAAGCGAGAAGCACCGCAUGUGAAAAAGGGUGCGGUGUAUUCAGCUGCUAGUCACAAGGACCACGGUGAGGAUGACCAUCACCAUGAGUGUCUGAACGGCACUCAGCUGCUGAAACACUUCGGUCACGGAGCCAACACGCCCAUCUCCCCUGCACUGUUCACGUACCUGUGCCCCGCGCUGCUCUACCAGAUCGACAGCAGACUCUGCAUCGAGCAUUUUGACAGACUUCUAGUUGAAGACUUAAAUAAGGAGAAGCAUCUCAUUCCUGAAGAUAAGGCAAGCAUAGGGGCAUCAGCGUGGAUCUGUGGUAUCAUCUCUAUCACUGUCAUUAGCCUCCUGUCCUUGCUGGGUGUGAUUUUGGUUCCCAUCAUUAACCAAGGCUGCUUCAAAUUCCUCCUCACGUUCCUUGUUGCGCUGGCUGUGGGAACCAUGAGUGGAGAUGCCCUCCUUCACCUGCUGCCCCAUUCACAGGGCGGACAUGAUCAUGGCCACCAGCACGCACAUGGCCAUGGGCACGGGCAUUCUCACGCACACGAGGCCGAGAGCUUCGUAGAGGAGUACGACGCCGUGCUGAAGGGGCUCGUCGCUCUGGGAGGCGUCUACGUGCUGUUCAUCAUCGAGCACUGCAUCCGGAUGUUCAAGCACUACAAGCAGCGGAGGGGGAAACAGAAGUGGUUCAUAAAGCAGAGCGCAGAAGAGGCAACUAUUGGAAGAAAGCUUUCAGAUCAUAAGUUAAACAACACACCCGACGCUGACUGGCUCCAGCUCAAGCCUCUUGCCGGGACUGACGACUCGGUGGUUUCUGAAGACCGCCUCAAUGAGACUGAGCUGACAGACCUGGAAGGCCAGCCCGAGUCCCCUCCCAAGAGCUACCUGUGCGUGGAGGAGGAGAAGAGCGCGGACCGGGCCCGCAGCGACGGGCUGCACGCCCCCCACGCCGCCGUGCACAACCACCACGGGGGCAGCAAGGCCGUGCCACGCAAGCACGGGCACCAGUGGCACCAUAAGCACGCCCAUCACUCGCACGGGCCCUGCCACUCCGGCUCGGACCUCAGGGACACGGGCAUCGCCAGCAUCGCCUGGAUGGUCAUCAUGGGGGAUGGCAUCCACAACUUCAGCGACGGGCUCGCCAUCGGAGCAGCUUUCAGUGCUGGGCUGACGGGCGGAAUCAGCACUUCCAUAGCUGUCUUUUGUCACGAGCUGCCGCACGAAUUAGGUGACUUCGCUGUCCUCCUGAAGGCCGGCAUGACGGUGAAGCAGGCCAUUGUGUACAACCUCCUCUCCGCCAUGAUGGCAUACGUGGGCAUGCUUAUCGGCACGGCGGUGGGCCAGUAUGCCAACAACAUCACGCUCUGGAUCUUCGCCAUCACUGCAGGCAUGUUCCUCUACGUGGCUCUGGUGGACAUGCUCCCGGAAAUGCUGCACGGAGACGGGGACAACGAGGAGCACGGCUUCUGCCCGGUGGGGCAGUUCGUCCUGCAGAACCUGGGGCUGCUGUUCGGCUUCGCCAUCAUGCUCAUCAUCGCGCUCUAUGAAGACAAAAUCGUGCUCGACAUCCAGUUCUGAGCUGCCAGUGAGCCCCUCCGAGGACGCGGGCGUCCCGCGCGGCCUGGCCGCUGGCCCCGCGCGGCGGGCGCUGCUCAGGAGUCCGUAGGUUGAACCUCUCCCCAGACCGGUGCUCAGUACUCGUCCCGCGUAUGGGAUAUUUUACAGUGUGAGACAGAGGACAAGAGGGACUCCGUGAACUAACGUCAGUAUAUGUUUGAUUCAGACUUUUAAAAAAAUAAUCAUAUAAAACACUAAAGUAGUCUCCUUAUUAGUAGAAACUUCUGUGGCUAUGCAGAAAUAGAAAUUGAACCAAAAAAUCAUUUAAACCUUAAGAAUAUUUGAAAUGAACUUUGGGCAGACGAGUCUGUGCUGAGAAUGAAAUGCAGCGCCCUUUAUUUCUGCUCCGUCUGUCUGUACGGUGAUAGGGAUCAACUUGACACAACUUUGAAACCACACAGUAGGCUAGGACCUAGAGGAAAGCUCAGGCUGCAUUAGAGUAUGAAUUUAGCAUUGGGGAAACCCUUAUUCUUGAAUCUAGAGUUACUAUUUUUGUAUAUAUUUGCAUAGUGUUUAAACUUGCAGCCUAAACUACUGAAAUUUGUGAUUGUAUGUUUGUGUGAGCUUCAGUUUAAUGACAGAUUCAUAAUGGUUCUUUGUACUAUUACAAUACUUGGUAUUUGGGAGUAUUUUUCUGUUUUUUUAACCAUAAUUUUGUUUUUGUUUGGGGGCUUUGGGGGGAGGUGGGGCGUGUCAGAGCAUGUGGUCAAUGUUUUUUACUUAAGAUUACAACCUUCUAGGACAUAUCAAAGAAAUGAACCCAAACAUGGUCUAAAUUACUCGGUUUUCCAACUUGAAAAUAUAGCUAGGUUAGUUGGGAGGUUCAAGCUCCAGGUGUUCACAUUGCCAGCUUGGCGUCGGGACCCAGGCCCAGGCUGUGACUGGCAGUGAGUCCAAGGUGACGGCUACCUGUGCACUGUGCAGGAAAUGUCACCCGCACGGUGAAGACCCUGCGAUGCUGGGUGGCCGUGGGGUCGGAGACUGAGCUGUAGUCUCUGGCUCCUUUGUGCCAGGACGUGCUGUUGGUGCCUGAUAGGAUGGAGACCAGUGUCUCGCUCAGUACCCGUUCUCCUACGGAUCAUACUUGUAAAUGACUUGUGAGAUGCGCAGGCCACGUUUCCCCGAACUUGGUGCGUGGCCUGUAGCGCUAGCCCUGCAUGUAGACUUCGUUUACACUUCGUGCCACGCGUUGCUGCCCACCGGUUUGUGUCUCCCCCUGCCUGGAGCCAGCGUAGCUCUUCAGAUCUUCCCACUCAGACGUGUCAGAGCCAAACUCUCCAUUCCAUGUGAGGUGUCUCCACUGAGUCCUCGCUUCCUCCGAAAACCAAACUUUGGGAGCAGCGUGUGCGUCCGUCCAGGCGUUCAUAGGUUGUUGCCAGUGUUUCUUGUUGACGCUGCAAGGUGGGGAGCGUGGUGUUGUUACAUCUUUAAUUUGUGCUUGAAUCUGGAAAUUGCUUCUGCUUUUCUCGUGGCCUCUUUGUAGUAAGUCGGAGUAUUUUUUUAAACCACAGACAUUGUUUUCAGCGUCAGGCACUGAAUUGGGACAGCCCUCAUCUCACUGCUUGGCCCCUCAAGCCACCCAGCAGAAAGGUGCUGACAUUUGAUUUAGUACUGCCAACUUCAAGGGAUCUUGCUUUCUGAACCAGGCGAUAGUUACGGUUCAUUUUUGGGUUUUAUGCCCAAGGAAGAUUCUGCAUUCCAGCUUUAAAUCUGCUUCAUUUAAAAGCAACAGCUGGAAUAUAUUCCCAGUCUUAAAAUAAAUGCCUCAUUUAAAGCAGAUAGGUUAUGCUAAGGUAUAUAAAGUUUUAUAUUCUUCAGAAGUGGUAUUAUCUUUCUUUGCUAGAUUUUCUUAACUUCAUAAGAGGGCUGUAACAGUUGCUGCUAGUAUUUUGAUAGGGUUCCACCAGUGUUUAGUUUUCACAUCAUUUUUCUAAUUGCAUAGUUUCAAGUCUUACUAGACAAUCUUAAUUCCACUACAUUUCUCUUUGGCUCCAACAUUCCAUUAGCUUGACCAGUCUGAUUUUAACAUACAUUUGUUGGAGGUCGUUAAUGUUACUUGUACAAUGCUGUCACUGUGUGACAUCCAUAUGAAUUUUGAUGUAUAUCACAUUGCAUUCAAUCAGCUGUGAUUAUGCUAGAAAUACUAUAGUGACUAUGUGCAGUGUGAGUUUUUUCCAUUAAUAGUAAGUCAGUGGCUUAAAUGUGAUUAUGGUCCUGCAAGGUGAUUCUUGCUAAAAUAUCUAAACUUUUUUGCUGUAACUGAAAUCAUUUUUUAAAAAUUUAUAAAGCUGGAAAUGAUCAUAUGCUGUUUUUUUCAUUGUCAACAGUGGUAUGUCAUUUUAUGUAUGUUCCUAAUGCUUAUGGAACUCUCCCAAAAUAAAGUUAUUCCAAAAGAGCAGAUA